AUGACACUUUCUCAAAUCCCCUCUAGUCCUUCCUUUCGGUCUUCUGCUGUGAAUGCAGUGGCAAUAAUUCCAUUGCUCAGCAGUGAUCGGAAAGGACAGGAUGAUGAUACCACACACUCGAGCAGAUCCUUUCAAGAACUCAUGGAGGCACUUGGACGACACAAGGAUCAAUCACAACCCUGCUCACAAACGGGAGAUGACAUUUUGAUAGUUGUUCCAAACUCUAGUUUGACUCGCCCUUCAAACUGGAAGUAUGAUAAUACUCCUCUCAAGAACUUUCAUUGGGAAUAUGGCUGCCAAAGAUUAGCCGUCUUUGAUGGACGACCUUACAAUUCAAGAAUGGCCCAUGACAGACUCAUCAAUCACGAUUUGACUCGAAACUGGAUUGAUUUGUGUCCUCACCGGAGAACUGCAGCAUUGAUUGGGGUUCUCAAUAUGCGAGAUGUCCCAGACAUUGAAACACUUCUCAAGGCGGAACAAGAGUGGCAACAAUGGGCGGAACGGUAUUCCACCCCGCCUUAUGAGGUCACAGCUCAUGGGCGUGAUUUCGAGCGUGAUUUUGUAGUACAGAGACUUUUUGUGUUUGAUAGUUUCCACGAAGAUAGCAAGGUUGAUAUGUCGACGACGUCAUUGGGAUCCAGUUUGGUGGCUUUUCCACCGGCCGAAGGCGACAGCUCUACCAAAAUGAUGGACAUGCACACCAAUGUCGUCGUGACGGAUCUUGCAGUCGCCAUCUUUCAAGAACUAGAGGACAGAAUUCGAGAAUCGGACAUGACGAUUGGUUCGGAUGGACAACCUUUGUCUUCUGCGGCUGCGCGAUCUCGUUUCUUUCAAUUGGCUCAAAAGCAAGGCGAGGGGGAAGACGAGGAGGGUCCGCAAGGUUCUUCUCACUUGAAUGUUAAUGGCUUAGCAGCUGUCGUGAGCUCUGAUAAUCAAUUGGCAUCAUCCGCUUCCGCGGCGAACAAGAAUCGGCAUCCAAAAGACCGCGAGUCGAUUCAACUCAAGCUGAGCAAUGCUGUUUCCAAGGGAUCCAGUUCGGAGGCACAGCUGCUGACCCCACUCGAUGAUGUUUGGGACUACUCCGAGUUGAAGCCUUCAGACGCCCAAGAAAUGCUUCGCCGAGAAGUUGGACGACGCGAGAAAUUUGCGGCCGAUCUGUCAUUGCUCGCUGGAUCGCCCUUGGAUGCCUACGAACGGUACAUGAAGGCGGCAGAUUUGUGCAAGACUUCCUGUCCUGAUCCACUUUGGUACGCAAGUGCGCUGGAGGGAUGUGCGGCUGCUCAUGUUGCCAUGGUGGAAGCUGGGGGGUACAAUGUGGACACAUAUUUGGAGUCGGCAUUUCAGCUACCCGACGAAUUCAUGGCAUGUUCUGUUGCAUCCGGAGAAAAGACAACCAAGCAAACAAUGUCCAAGGUUGUCAAAGCGUUGUGUGACGAUUCGCUACGAGUCCUGAGUCGACAUCCACGAUUGGCAUGCUUUCGGGCCGAAUUGCUAUUGAAAUUGGCUUGGUACACGGGGGAAGUGGAAGAUACUCACAUUCGCUGCAAAUGGGGAAUUGGCGAAGGCUGCUUUGGCGGAGAUCCUGCCAGUGAAAAGCGUCGCUGGGAGGUCCAUUCCUCGACUCAACUUAGUUUCCUGGAACUCAGGAACAAGAACGGGGAGGAUGUUGUUCGUCUAAACACGUUGCAUCGAUUGCAGGAAUGGACAAGGGUCAUGCACGUUGCUGUAGCAGCAGGCGCUUUGGAUCCAGUCACUCGUGCUGACGUUGCUUUGCGUUGUGCUUCACUAUGUCUAAAGGGAUUGCGACCAACCGAUAAGCCAACUUCUGCAGUGCGAUCCGAAGAGCGGAUCAUAUUCAAUAGAAAGGCAUCCUUUUUUGCCACUGCUGCUGCGGAAGCGCUUUCCGAAAUUGAUGGACAGGCUCCUGAUGACCGAGCAAGUGCAAUGUGGGUCACUGUAUCGAAAUUGUUAUCAAAGAAGAGCAAUGUAUCGAAUCCAGGAAACUAUGGGUGGGCAACACUAAGAGCUGUUGCACUCCAUGCGCUCUCGAUGCAGGGGCUGAAAGAGACGUCGGAAGAUGCUGCGGUACAACUUCUUUCUCUCAUGGGUGAAAUCAAGCCUGUCAAGACCAAAUCUGAGUCAAAUGCUUUCUUUUCAAGAUACGAAUCGCUCGAGACUGACGAUGGUGAGAGCAAGCAGACGAACGAUGACAGCAGCGUCCGGUCAGACUACGUCGAUGCUGGAAGAUCUGUUGCAUCUGCCGCUCGAACGUUUGUCAGAGAAAAGGCGAAAGACGCGAUUCGAGGUCGUCAAAAGGACUUUUUCACUGGUCAAAACCAAAACAGCAACACUUUGUUAGCUGUUGCACAAUCGAAAUGGGUAGACGACGACCCAGUCCCAUCUAUCCUGUUGCCAGUUGCGGACUUUUCGGACAUUUCCAAUACUAUUCUUGCUAUGCGAGCUGUUUGGUCAGCAGUCAAAUUUGACAGCUGCGCCACUGCACAGCAAAAGUUGACAAGACAAAUUUCCAAUCUUCGAAAAUCGAAUCCAACCUCUUCCUUGCUCACUAACACUCCGUCAGAUAUUGCGCUGCACCUGCCAAUCCAAAUCACCGCUGUUGAAAUUGGUGGUUCUGAAUCCAGGGCUCCUCUCGAGCGUAAAAAAGUGAAAGUAGCGAAGGAGGGUGAAGAGGGUGGUGCCAUGGCUACCUUCUUUAAUCCGUACGCAGCCAAGAGCAAGGAAGUUGAAGCAACACUGAUUCCCGAAGGGGAAGAGCGAUAUAUCUUGGUCAAGUUUGCAAACAAGCUAUCGAUCCCUAUGGAAGUCCCACGCUGCCAACUUGAAUUCGAUGUUCCCAAUUCUGUCAGGAUUAAGGCUCCAGCAAUCUCGUUUGUGAUUCCUGGCCAGACAUCUGAUUUCGCGGUACAGUUCCCUUUCAUCUUCUUGAAUGAAAGCGCGGAAAUCACCAAGGAGCAGAAUUCGCAAGUCUUUGGGGUCAAGGGACUUUAUGUCACCUGCCUCACUAGAUCGUUCUUCCUCCCUCUCGAGGUAUCUAGCUCGGAAGAUGACGCUGCGAAACAAGAAGAAAUGCACAAUAUUCCAAAAUCUACCUCGCUCUACCCCAGACGGGACUAUGACGAGGCAAGCUUGGAGAUCAAAUCUCCGCGUUUGGAAGUUGUGUCUGCACAGCCGAACUUAUUGAUAUCUUUUGCCACAUCUACCAAAUCUCCUCUCAGCGAAGACGUCGUUAUUCCCGCUCCAAUCGCAGAUGGCGAAACCUUUACCAUUCCCAAAUUGUUGUUGAGCAAUAACCCUGGGCUUGGCAGCAAUGGCCAGAUUGAAGAACUUUGCAUAUCUGCGAUUGGUUUGCCAGGUCUUUCAGAGGUUGUUUUGUUCGAUUUGAACAAGCCUGUCGAAACUGAUAGCUCCAAGGAACAAUCGAAACCUCUCUCGCUGAAAGCAUUGUGCACUGGCAUUGACACGGCCAAUCUGAACAAUCCUCUGAGAGCUGCGAAAGAGUGUUCCAUUUCACUCCAGCUGAAGGCUGCAACUGAUAUGGGAUCACACAACAAGGGAGCAGAAGUGAAACUUCGGUUCCGGUAUCGAGGCAAGCAAGCUUCUUCAGCGCUAGAAGUUUGGAGGACUACAGAACUCACUCUACAUGUCUUGAGGAUCAAGGGUCCUCGUGUUUCAUCCAUUACAUUCCGCCCGGACCUGGCCUGGGGCAGUGGGUAUUCUCAGCUGUGCACGGCACUUGCUGACCAAGACAAGCAUGCAAGGUAUCGAUUCGCCAGGCAAGAAAAAAAGGAUCUUCCAAAGGCUGGAAGUUCGGACAAUACGGAUUUUGUUCUGAAUCGCCUUGGCAAAGACCCUGGUGUUCAUAUUUGCGGCGAAAAGGUGGUCGUUAUUCUUUCCGUUGCGAAUGAGACUGCUGCAGCGAUUCGCCUCUCUUCUCCAGACGGUGCCAUUGGAGGAUUUGAUGGUUCGCCUAUCGAAACCAUGGAGGUCACUUCGGGAAUAAGUGCCAAGAUUCCAAUUAUUCUUCCUCGUGUGGAUCGUUCCUCCGAUAUUUGCGAGCGACUCCGAGAGUUGACGACCCUUUAUUGGGAAUCGGAAGAAGCCGAAGGAGAUGCGAAAGCUGAAAUUGAAAGCAAUGGAUCGAUGGUGCCAGUCAACAAGCGCGUCCGAAGUGGUACCAUCAAAAUCCCGAUGCACUGCUUGAAGACCAUUGUGGACGAGCACCCUACGUUUUUGUCUCGCAUCUGCAAGGCUCCAUGUGCCAUCGCAGUCGCUGGUGGUGGGGGAGCUGCCGGAUCCUCGCAAGUACAAAAGGGUGACUCGGUAGACUUGUCGGUCCAGGUGGAACUUGCCGAUUGGAUUCCAGCUGGAUUGUUGGACAAUAAUAAUUUGACUUUGGAAUUCUGCUGCGCUCCCAAGGAGGGAAGCAGCAAGGGAAAGUCAUUCAUUUGGUGUGGCCAAGUGAAGAAAACCAUUCCCAAGAAUUCCAAAUCUUCCCAUCGUGCCCGGGUAAUCUUCCUCAGCGAGGGCGAGUAUGUUGUCUCGGCAUGCGUCACAUUUAAGAGAAACGAUGUGGACGAUGAUGUCAGGGAGAUCUGGUGGGCUCCCAAAGCACAUGCCGUCAAGGUUGGAGACAGUCUACUGAAGCAAUAA